CGUGGCGAGUCGCAGCUCGCGCCUGUGCCGGGGCCCUGCCAAAGGCUGCGCGGUGUGGGCCUUGGCGGUCAGGUCGCCUCUGAAGCAUGUUGAUUAGCUCCGUGGGAUUUACCUGGCUCGGCCUCUCCUCGCGGCCCCCGUGCUAAUCUUUCCGGCCUCCCCGCGCCUGCCUGCAGGCCCGGCGACGACUGUGUAAAGCGCAUCGCGGCGGAUCUGCUGUGACUCGACCACCACCUCGCCUGCCUACCCCUGGGGUCUCCUGGCGACGUCAUCCUGACCUCCUCCUCCUCCUCUCUGACCUCCCUGCCUGGGUCGCAUCGAGUCUCCUUGACCCCGUCUGGUCUGCCUUCCCAGGUUCCCCACUCGAGUGUGCAGACCCCCUCGACACUCCCCCUUGCCUGGGUUUCCACGCCGAACUCCGAACCGAGGCAGUGUCCCCCCGGGGUGUUCAUUCCUUCAGCCCGCGGUGGCGAGGGAGUGGUGAAGGACUUGGGAGGAGGACUCGCUUGGAUUGUGACAGGAGGAGAAAGGACAAGGAGGAGAGAGAGAGAGAGAGAGCCAUGGCAGAGGCGCCCCCCGUGGGUGAGGGCCUGAGUUCGGCGGCCGCGGUGCCGCUGCCCGAGGGGGUGGACGGGCUGGCGCAGAGCCUCCAGGGCGGAGGUGGCGCCACGUGGGACCCGAGCCAGAGCAAGGACUGGGACACUGAGCCCGCUUCUUCGGCCUGCCUGCUGCGGAUCAAGAGGGACAUAAUGAGCAUAUACAAGGAGCCUCCUCCCGGAAUGUUUGUGGUGCCCGACCCAGAAGACAUGACUAAGAUCCACGCGUUGAUUACUGGGCCAUUUGACACCCCUUACGAGGGUGGCUUUUUCCUUUUUCUGUUCCGCUGUCCACCCGACUACCCAAUCAAACCCCCCCGUGUCAAGCUACUCACCACGGGCAGCAACACAGUGCGCUUUAACCCCAACUUCUACCGUAAUGGCAAGGUCUGCCUGAGCAUCCUCGGGACGUGGUCAGGUCCUGCAUGGAGCCCAGCCCAGAGCAUCUCAUCUGUUCUGAUCUCAAUACAGUCGCUUAUGACAGAAAACCCAUACCACAACGAGCCAGGCUUUGAACAGGAACGGCACUCGGGAGAUAGCAAGCGCUACAAUGAGUGCAUCCAGCACGAGACUAUUCGUGUGGCUGUGUGCGACAUGUUGGAGGGAAGAUGUCUUUGUCCCGAUGCCUUACGGAGUGUCAUGGAAAAGUCUUUUCUUGAGUACUAUGAAUUUUAUGAAACCGUGUGCAAAGAAAAGGUGCAUACGCAAGGCCAGGCAAUGCAGGAUCCUUUUGGGGAGAAGCGCGGCCACUUUGACUACCAGGGCUUGCUGGUCCGCCUCCAGGCAGUGCGGCAGCGGCUGCACAUCCGGCUGGAAGAAAAGCUUUCCGAUCCCGACUCGGAUUCCAGCACGAGCAGCGCGGGCACAGAGAGCGAAGCUCGCAGUGCGUCCUAGCCUGGGGAUUUGGGCCGCACUCGCGCCACCUGCUUCACAGGCACUUCCCCGCACCUCGAGGGUUUUUAGCUUGAAAAGCAAGGACUGGAAAACUACCGACGCUGGGCAAAGACAUCUGUGAUUAAAAAAGGAAAAGCAUGAUUUCAUAUAGUUUCAUUAUUGUUAACCUGCAUUGUUGGCUUUGAAAAUCGAAACUCUGGACAUGUGUUAGUGUGUGCCCAGAGCAGUUGCUUUGGGACAAGUCGCGCACUGAACCAACUGCAUUCCCAACUCAAGCAGCACUGAAGCUCCUACCAUUCAACUCGCCGCACAUUCUAUUUUGGUGUUGGCAUAUUAAAUAUGCAUCUCUUUACCAAUCUCGCAAUAAGUGCAGAAAUGUUGAGGUCGGGUCCACCAAUUUUAAAUGUAAUAGAAAAUUACGUCCUACAUGGAGUGUCCUGCUAUGAAUGUAACCUACAUUAUUUAAUGACAAUUAGAUGUAAUGUUUUAGCGGCACCAACAGCAAGACAUGCACUAGACUUACCCUGUGUUAAUGCACAUACCAAGUUUGCAAGUAAUCCUGUACAGCUUGGAAAGGAGCUUUAAAGGGGAAAAGUCAAUGUUGUGAAUCACUGAAGCAGCUUGCUCACUCUUGAAACCACUCUACAUUUACACAAGGGAGCAGCCCCGUGAAGAUGCCUAUAAUUACUGGCACUGCAUACUUUUUUCUUAAGACAAAACCACAGCUUGGGUGUUGUACAAACUACAAGGUGCACUUGCAACAAUUGUGGACGUUGGUUAAAAUUAUAAUUUAAAUGGUCUGUAUAUGCCAUAUUUCUUUUAGACCAUAGACCACAUCAAUUGUAUUCGUAUGCAAGUCAAAGUAAACCGCUGGUAAUUGUCGCACGUGUGAACACUGCUUAUAAGUUGUUCAUCAAUUGGUGACUGAGAAUUUUGGAAAUUGCUGACAUCUGCAGUGAUCUGGUAAUUUCUCCAGGUGUUUUCAGUUGCACUGAUGGUAAUGAUUAAAAUUCCUGUAUUCAUUGGCUUGUG